AUGGAUUCCAUCAACGAACAGUCAGCCGCCCAGGGUGGCUCACAACAAGAUCGAGGUCCAACCACUACUAUUGAGCCGGAGGCUAAGCGUGUUCGAGAUACUGAGGAGAAGAGUCCCGAUACCGUUAUCUUGGAAGGCAACCAGGAAGUCGCCUACGAAAAUGAGAUUUUUUAUCUCGACGGCCUUCGCUUCUGGGGCGCCUGUAUGCUUCUUUCGAUUAUGUUCUUCUUGGUAUCUAUGGAGAUAUCUGUUGUUACAACGGCCAUGGUAGGUAUAUCGAAAGAGCUAGGAGAGUUUGAUAGUGUCAGUUGGAUUUUAUCUAGUUACCUCCUUGGAUAUGUCGCCGUUGUCAUCAUUUUCGCCAAGUUCAGCGAUAUCUUUGGCCGCAGACAAAUCUUGGUAACUUGUAUAUUCAUCUUUACAGUAUUCUCCGGCGCCUGUGGUGCGGCACAGACUAUGACUCAACUCAUCAUUCUUCGUGCGUUCCAAGGAAUGGGUGGCGGGGGCUCAUUUGCGAUGAAUAUGAUUUUCUUGAUUGAAAUGGUGCCUGCCAGCAAGUAUGCACAGUUGGUUGCCAACAUGGGCUUCCCCAGUGCAAUCGCGUUGGGCUUAGGACCGGUCAUCGGGGGUGGAAUCACUUCUAACACGACUUGGAGAUGGGUUUUCCUCAUGAACGUUCCAAUUGGCGCUUCUGCCAUCGCCCUCGCGUUUCUCGCGAUUCCUCGGACCUUCCCCUACUCUGAACAUUCUUCAACCUCACUCCAUUGGUCGUCUCUUAGAGCGUUUGAUCGUGUGGAUAUCUUGGGAUCUGGAUUACUUCUCCUAGCAACACUCGCAGUAACGGCAGGUUUUGAGGAGGCUGAUUCACUUUUCCCAUGGAAGUCCGCCUACGUUAUUUCCUUACUAACGAUAGGUGGCCUACUCUGGAUCUUAUUCUCAUUUUGGGAACGACAUGUUACUCUUGCCAAGUCAAACAGAGAAGCUGUUCUCCCUUGGAGAUUCUUUUCGGAGCGUGCCCUCGUUGGUAUCUUACUUGGCGAAGUAAUGUUAGGCGGCCCGAUGACCGUCACUGUAUUUCAGCUACCGCAGAGAUUCCAGAUCAUCAACGGGCUGUCAAGCGUGGAUGCAGGUGUCAGGCUUGUUCCAUUUGGAGUAACUGUACCAAUUGGCGCCAUGCUGGGCAGCCGAAUUGCCGGGAACCUCCGAGUCCCACCUAUUUUUGUCGCGAUAGGUGGUGCCAUCCUCCAGGUUGUUGGAUUUGCUUUGUUGAGUCAAUUGCCUUCCACUACUCAGAUACCUCCCAGUGUCUAUGGCUUUCAAGUUCUGUGUGGAAUCGGCGUUGGUGCAACCUACCAGAGCUUGUAUAUUUUGGUCCCGCUGAUAGUAGGUAUAAAGGAUCAAGCUGUUGGAAUGGGAGCUGCCACACAAUUCCGGAUGAUGGGCGGGGCUAUCGUUCUGGCCCUCUCAACUUCGGUAUUCAAUAGCCACGUCUUGCCCGCUCUUGACGAAUUAGGACUAUCUGGGUCUUCCAGAAAUCUGCCCCAGACCAUAGCCCUAAUAGAGAAAACAGACGUGUUAGCCUCUUUGCGGUCAUCACUAUCAGAAGGAUACAAUAGACAGAUGUAUGUUCUAUGCGCUUCCGCUGCAGCACAAGCCUUAGCUGCAUUACUAGUCUUGAAACGCAAGCAGUGGAUUCUCCCGGAGCAAUAA